AUGUUUUCUAAAAAGAAAAAGAAGCCACAAAUUUCAACUCCAACUAAUUUUGAGCAUCGAGUGCAUACAGGCUUUGACAAACGUGAAGGGAAGUUUGUCGGAUUGCCACUUCAGUGGGCAUCUAUUGUUGGCAAUAAUCAAAUAUUAAAAUCAACUAACAGACCGCUACCACUAGUUGAUCCCAGUGAAAUCACUCCAACGGAAAUUCUGGAUCUCAAAACCAUUGUCAGAGGACACAAUGAUGUCAGAGUUGGAAGAAAUAAUGACAAAGCACCUGAAAAUGGAUUACCAAAAAUAAGUACAGUUGCCAGAUCCAAUUCAUUACGGUCUUCUAGUCCACCAAGAUUAAGAAGAGAUUUUAGAAAUAACUCCAAUUUACCACCAUCAGUGCCUGAAGGUCAAGAAGUACCUUCGAAUGUAAAUCCAAUGCAAUCAUCAUAUUCAGGUUAUGGAAAACCUUAUAAUUAUUCAGAUAAAAUGCGUCAAAAUUCACCGAUCGUAGGACAAAGCAUGAUUCCAAAUCUUCAAAACAUGAAUCCUAAUAUGCAGUCUUCUCCAAAUUUAACUCAUGGAAUUUCUAACCCAGCAAACCUGUCUCUGAAUUUCCAGAAUUUAAGUCCCAUUCCCAAUAUGGAAAAUUCCAAUAUCAAUUCCAAUACGGGUCUAGCCAAUGAUCAUGAUUUCCAGCGGAUGAACGUAUCAUCUACACUUUCAGGACAGUUUAAUGGAAAUUCUCAGCAAUCAAUUGAAACGAGAGAUCAUCAAUUACCACAGAAUGUAAUAGCUCAUAAAUUACAGCCAAAGGUAUCUCCAGUUGGUUCCAUAGCAUCUCAACGACCCUUGAGCCAAUUAAGUACCCAUAAUGUUAAUAAGUAUGGCCAAAAUUAUGGUGCUGGUGAGAAUACUUCAUCUUCGAUGCACGGUCAUUUCCAAAGACCACUUGAAAGUUCACAAUCAAUGCAUAAUCUGUCCAAACCAAACGUACCAUCAGCUGCCUCAGGAGCAAGUACAGUACCUGAUCAAAAUCAGAAUAUGAAAGUUGCAGUGUCAUCUGGAAAUCUUGUGAGUGGUUCAACUAGUGUGCCAGCUAACAGUACCAAUAAACAGAAUACCGAUCAACGAUUGACGCAUGAACAAUUCAGAACAGCUUUGCAGAUGGUUGUAAGUCGUGGUGAUCCUAGAGAUAAUUUAGAAAACUUUUUAAAAAUUGGCGAAGGUAGCACAGGAACAGUUUGUAUUGCAACAGAUAAAAAUACCAAUAGACAAGUUGCUGUCAAAAAAAUGGAUUUGAGAAAACAACAACGACGUGAACUGUUAUUUAAUGAAGUUGUUAUCAUGAGAGAUUAUCAUCAUCCAAAUAUUGUGGAAAUGUAUGAUAGCUUUUUAGUUGAUGAUGAACUUUGGGUUGUUAUGGAGUACCUUGAAGGAGGUGCACUUACCGAUAUUGUCACACAUUCACGAAUGGAUGAAAGUCAAAUAGCAACCGUUUGCAUGCAGUGUUUGAGACCACUCGCUUAUCUUCAUUCUCAGGGUGUUAUUCAUAGAGAUAUCAAAUCAGAUUCAAUACUCCUUACUGCCGAUGGUAGAGUCAAAUUAUCAGACUUUGGUUUUUGCGCUCAAGUAUCGCAAGAAUUACCAAAAAGAAAAUCCCUUGUUGGAACUCCUUACUGGAUGAGUCCUGAAGUUAUAUCAAGGUUACCUUAUGGACCAGAAGUUGAUAUUUGGUCACUAGGAAUUAUGAUUAUUGAAAUGGUCGAUGGAGAACCGCCAUUUUUCAACGAACCUCCGUUGCAGGCAAUGCGAAGAAUUCGUGAUAUGCCACCACCUAAAUUGAAGAAUUCUUACAAAGUAAGUCCACGGCUGCAGGGUUUCUUGGAAAGAAUGCUAGUGCGUGACCCAGCUCAAAGAGCUACAGCUCCAGAACUGUUACAGCAUCCGUUUUUAAGACAAGCACAGAGUCCGAGUAUCUUGAUACCAUUAAUGAGAGGUGCCAGACAUACUAACUGCUAACACGUUAUUAAUACUGUUUUUUAUUUCGUUAUCAUUUUAUUGGACGAUACGAUACUUAAAUUCGAUAAAUUAUAUUUAAUUCUAUUAAUUAAAAAACAUUCCACUAUUUUAAUAAAAGCGCUUUUUUUCUAUUUUAUUUAUAAAAAUAAGUUAAAAACACUAAUACAUUAUAUAUAUAUAUAAACAUGAUACAUAAGAUU